AUGCUUGCUAGUGAAGCUCUGAUGUGUCCCUUUCAUGCUCCUGACAGUGACAGAGGAACCAAGCUAAGAGAUAAUGAGCUCUUGGGGUCUGACCUGGUUUGCAGCAAGAUCGCUAAAUUCACCAAAAAGGUGGGAAUUGUUGGUAAAUACAGAACCCAUUAUGGCACCUCCCUCAGGAAAAUGGUGAAGAAAAUUGAAAUCAGCCAGCACGCCAAGUACAGUUGCUCCUUCUGUGGCAAAACCAAGAUGAAGAGACGAGCUCUGGGGAUCUGCCACUGUGGUUCCUGCAUGAAAACAGUAGCUGGUGGCACCUGGACCCACACCACUUCUGCUGUCACAGUAAAGUCAGCCAUCAGAAGACUGAAGGAAUUGAAAGACCAGUAGAAGUUCCACAUUUUGAAACAUUGCUAGCCUAUAAUAAAUGGGUUAAUUUAUAUAACAACAACAAAAAA